AUGGAACCAGGUGACAAAAAGCCUGCAGGUGUUUCCAUUGUCUUUGAUAAGCUUUGUUAUCAUGUGAAUGGCAAAUCAAUCCUUAAUGAUGUGACAGGUGUAAUUCCUCCAUCUAGAUUGACUGCAAUCAUGGGACCUAGUGGUUGUGGUAAGACAACAUUACUUUCCAUUUUGGCAGGAAGAGUUUAUGAAGGUUCAAUCAAUGGUACCAUUAAGAUUAAUAAUACUAUUGAUUCAUUCGCAAAUUUGAAAAAGAUUACAGGAUUUGUUCCACAAAAUGAUAUCAUGCAUCCAAAUUUAACAGUUAAGGAAACUAUUCAUUUUGCAGCCAAGACUAAAUUGGACUUUAGAUUGGCCGCUAAACAAGUAACUUCAAUUAUUAGUAAUGUUAUUGAAACUCUUGGUCUUGGUCAUAUUAAACACUCAAUUAUUGGUGAUGAAAAGCAGAGAGGUAUUUCAGGAGGUCAAAAGAAACGUGUUAACAUUGGUAUUGAAUUGGCAGCUGAUCCAAAAGUUUUGUUUUUGGAUGAACCUACUUCUGGUUUAGAUUCAGUCUCAAGUAAGGAAGUUAUGUUUGCCCUUAAUAGAAUUGCUACUGAACAAAAUGUUACCGUUGCAGCAGUUAUUCACCAGCCUAGAACUGAAAUAUUCGAAAUGUUCCAUAAUGUAAUUUUAUUGGAAACUGGUGGUAGAUUAGUUUAUAAUGGACCAAGCGCAAAUGCAUUGCCAUAUUUUGAAAAGUUAGGUUACAAAGCAGAUGCAAAAGUUAAUCCAGCUGAUUUCAUUCUCGAUGUUACCUCUGGUCAAGUUCAUAAUGAUAACAAAUAUAUUGCCUCAAGUUUAUCUCAAGUUUGGGAGAAACAUAGU